AGUUUUCAUACCAGACCAGGAGAGAUUUCUUUUUUUCUCUGGUAUAUAUAGUCAAGUUAAAGACGGUAGUAAAGGUGGUCAUUUAUCAUAAUGUACCGAAGAAUAAAACUAAAGCUGAGCUCUUCGGCGUUACAAAUAGUUCUUCUCGCUGCGUUGCUUCAAGAAGGGCUACAAACAGCCAGUGCAUUUGGGUAUAAUUUCGAAAAGACAUUUGAAACAGAAGUCGACAGCCUUGUACAACUGGAAAAUCAACGAUCUUUAAGAAGCCUGAAGGAUGCUUCAUCGCUACUAGAACCAGAACAUGCACCGUCACUGGCACCAGAUUCAGGAGCAAACAAGGUGUUUUUGCUGGAAGCUAUCGACAAUAUCCUGCGGAAACGUGGUUAUUCGGCUAAUACCGACGAAUGCUUUAGAUACCUGGUGCAACUACACCAGAGUUGUGACGAUAACAACUCGCUUCAUAAUAAAAGAGAAUGCGUCACCAUGUGUAUACCAAGACUAACAGGGGGUCUUUGUUACAAACUCUGGGAGCCGGAGGAAUUUGGAGAGGUCAAUGUUCAAACUGAAAAGCGCUGGUAUUUCAAGUCUGAUACUAGCUCAUGCUUACAGUUUGAUUACGGGGGUUGUCUUGGAAACGAAAAUAGAUAUGACAGUCUGAAAGACUGUAUUGUGCAGAACAACUUAAAGACACCUCUCUUAGACGAUCAAGCUGACAGUGGCUUCGACUUUACACAACCGAUAAAGGGAGCGUUAACAAGUGAAUACCCAGGUUAUGGUACGUGCUCAGUUUUUGGAAACGGAUACUUCAAAACCUUUGAUGACGUAACGUAUGCCUUUCACGGCAAAUGCAAGUACAUCCUGUUACAAUUGGAGAAUAAUCCCGACGAUUUGAAAGUAAUCUUAGAGAACGAUUUCGAAUGCGACCCCACGCAAGUGUGCCAGAAGACUCUGCUUCUUUAUGUUCACGGCGUGAGCAUCGAACUUGGUCCUAAGAAACAUGGAGAGUUCGAUGUCAAAGUUGGAGGCUCUCCAGUGGAAAUUCCACACAGAGAUGUGACCAAAUCAGUAUACAUCAAAGCUCUAUUUCCACUUAAAGGUACGAAGGAACAUAUUGUAGUAACCACGAAAGACAAAGUCAUAAUCACAUGGGACGGAGAAAGAUCGGUGGACAUCCAUCUGCCAGACACAGCCAAAGAAACAUGGCACACGUCAGGGCUGUGUGGAAGUUUCAAUGACGACAACUCUGACGAUAUGAAAUCCCUUGCAAACGAGAUUAUGAAAAAGGUGUACGACUUCGCUAAUAGUUUCAUAUACUCCCCUGGUGAAUCCUUGUGUAAGUCAGAUGAAAUUACGUUAAAGGACACCUGCGAUGCAAACGAGUCUGUGAAGAGAUUGUGCUCAGUUCUGGACACGAAAGACUUUGAGGCCUGCCAUAGCGUGGUGGAUCCUACAAUCUUCAAAGAAAUGUGCCUAUUAGACGUGUGCGCUGCUAGCAAGACACCUAAGCUCAUGGAAGAGGCAAGAUGCGCGAUUUUGACACGCUACAGUCAAUUAUGUAGUUGGAAUAACACAGAGCUGACCUGGAGAUCAGAAAGCCUCUGUCCGAAAACCUGUCCAGAAACUAUGGAGUACAGUGAAUGCGCCAGUGGAUGUGCUAGAACCUGCAAAAAAAAUGCACCAAAAUGCACAACUAAAUGCCUACCAGGCUGCACUUGUCCCCCCGGGUUGUAUCACGACGGGUUGAAGUGCGUGGAGCAGUCUAGUUGUUCCUGUUACCACGAUGAGCGGCGCUAUGAACACGGAGAAGUUCGUCGCGAUAUCUGCGAAGCCUGCCAAUGCGAAGGGGGAACGUGGAAUUGUUAUUCCAUUCCUUGUAGAGGUGAAUGUACGAUUUUGGGAAGUACCAAUUUCAAGACGUUUGAUGGCAAAACAUACAGGGUUUUCCCUAAGGAUUGCGAGUUUCAUUUACUAAAACACAAGGACGGCGAAAUAUCUGAAUUCGAUAUUAGAGUCAAAAAUAAGGAUUGCGAGGAGACCAUAGCACGUCCGUUCUGCCAAGGUCAAGACAUCACUAUCCUUUUUGGUAAUAAUAAAACAGUUGUUACAAUUGAAAGGCACCUCAGUUCAGAUCCUAAAUUCUUGGUCACCCACGGCUCCUUGGAUGUAGACAUGUCCGUGGAAAAAGUUGGAGGACAGACUGUAGUGUUAUCCACUCGCUAUUUCCAAAUGACAGCAACCAGGCAAAAUCUCUUUCUAUCCGUGUCUCCUGAUCUAAAGAAGCAGACAUCUGGUCUCUGCGGCACAUUUAACGAAAACAGCAACGACGAUUUUUUGAAACCCGACUUGGCGGAGGCUGCCUCUUCGAACGACUUCUUGAAGAAAUGGUUGACCAUGGACGAUGAAAAUUCAAAAACAUGCACUGGAAAACAAUUAGGAGACGACCCUGCUCUCGCUGCUCCCACGCAGAUGGAUUUCUGCCAACGUAAUUCUGAGCUUAAGCCUGCGGCGAAAAUGCACGCCGAUCUGCUAAGGGCCGUGGAUAGUCCUUUUAAAGAGUGCCGGAGACAUGUGCAAGACGAGAUUUUUUACCAAAAUGCCAUAGAAGCGUACUGCAGGCACUCUGUUAGUCUCUGCGACGUCAUAGCUGGAUACGCCAAAGCUUGUGGCGAUAAAGGAAUUAAAGUGGUACGCUGGAGGCAACGAGCAGAGGUCAAAGGCCUAUGUGAUGAGCCGAGUUGUCCAUCCAGUGAUCAAGAGUUUAAAUACUGUUUAGAUGCGUCUUGCCCGCAGACGUGUGGGGAUGUAAAAAACAAGCAAGCUUGCCAGAAUCGUGGAUGCAUAGAAGGGUGUUUUUGCAAAAAGGAUGGCAUGGUUUUGCGCGGAAAUGAGUGUGUCGCAGAAGAUGAAUGUGCAGUUCAAUGUGAAGCAGAGGACCAUGAAUAUAGUUCAUUUGGACGUACUUGUUUGGAUUUGGAGUACGGCCUUCCUACAGAUAACACUCCAGGAUGCCACUGCAAAAACGGUCUUUACUGGAAUGAAUACAAGAAGGCGUGCGUUCCAAAGGACAAGUGUGGAUGCAUCCACGAAAAAGCAUAUUAUGAAAAAGGCGAAUCUUCACCGUUGUCUUGUUCAAUGAAAUGUUCUGGUGCACGAGAAUGGAUAACUGAUCCAAGCAUUGAUCCCCUGCCUGAAUACGAAUGCGCUGCGUUUGGUCAGGAGCAGUAUCGAACAUUUGACGGCAUGUGGGUCACAUUUAAGAGCGGUGAAAACUGCGAAUACACACUCAUGCGGAUAAAGAACACCAAAAAUACGGUCAGCGUGUCAAACGAGGCAUGCUUGGAAUCACUGGAGCUGCAAAUGUGCAAGAAAGUACUCAUCGAAACAAAAGAAGGAUCAAUCGAACUUUUCCAGAGGAAAAUUACAAUUGCUACCGCAGGAUCAUCUACACAAUAUGUGCCAGGGACCUACCCUGAACCAUGCACCAGAAGCGCAUUAGACAACGCGGAGAUUUUCAGCAAGGGGUUAUUUAUCAUCGUGCGUGUGUUCAGCCCCUACGAUCCUUUCAAGCCCUUGUUUGAGGUGAAAUACGACAAAGGUAACCGAGUUUUCAUUACCCCUAACAAAAAGUUCAAAAAUCAAAACAAACUUGAAGGAAUUUGCGGUAACUUCGAUGGAAAGAAUGGGAAUGAUAAAAUCCUGAGGAAUAAUGAAACCCUGGGAAAGAAUGAGCUCAUAACAACGAGCAACAAAGAUUUUGUUGAUGAUUGGAGGAAUAAUGAAGAUUGCGAUGGUAUUGCGGAAGAGACUAGUUUCAUGGAGGUGUGCGACCUCUACUCCGACCGAAAGAGUUGGGCCUAUAAAGGAUGUGCAAUGCUGUAUACGGACAAAAACUUUACCACUUGUCACGCGGUUGUUCCACCACUUGAUUAUUAUAAGGCCUGUCUUCACGAGACGUGUUUGUGCAGCAAAGGAGGUGACUGCGCAUGUUUCUGUGCGGCUAUUGCAACCUAUGUGAGAGCCUGUAAUCAACACGGGGUCUCCAUCACGUGGCGUCGGGAAGGAUUUUGUGAACUUCCUUGCUGCCGACCAUGUGCAAACAGUGGUGGAUAUGAAGCAAACAUUACCAUACCUUCCGCUUGCGAAAGUAAGGGCGAAUGUGCAGCAGGGAACGAGAGAUGUUGUCGUGGAACAAAAGUUGAGGGUUGUUCAUGUCCUGCUGGAAACUACUUCAAUGGAAAGAAAUGCGUAGCGCAGUCAGGUGCUUGCGAACAGCCUUGUUCGUCAGUCAGCAGUUCAUCUAUGUCAAGUUCAAGCGUUUCCACGUCAAGUUCAAUUUCUUCUUCGUCAUCAAUAUCAUCAAGUUCAAUUUCCACUUCGUCUUCAAUAUCAUCAAGUGUAUCCACUUCGAGUUCGAUCUCGACUUCGUCAUCAGCAUCCACGUCUUCAUCUUUAUCAACUUCUUCAAGUGUGUCGACAUCAUCGUCAGUAUCGACUUCAUCAAGUCUUUCAACGCUGACCUCAACAAGUAUAUCCACUUCAAGUUCCAUUUCCACAUCCUCGUCAGCGUCAACGUCUUCAAGCAGCACAAAAAGUUCUACAUACUCCACUUCAUCACUUUCAACAAGUGCGUCUACCUCAUCUUUAUCUACUUCCCUGUCAUCAGGAAGUACAAGCAUUUCCUCGUCAAGCCUUUCGUCAUCAAGUAUUUCCUCUUCAUCACCGUCGUCAUCAACUACUUCAACAUCGUCAUCAGCGUCUACAUCAUCAUCAGUGUCGACAUCAUCAAGCGCUUCAACAUCAUCAUCAGUGUCAACAUCGUCUUCGGUUUCCACACCAACUACCACGAGUGUAUCUACUUCAAGUUCGUCAAGUCUGUCAACUUCAUCAAGUGUUUCGACAUCAAGUUCAGCAUCGACAUCGUCAAGUGUCUCAACCUCAUCAAGCGCGUCAACGUCAAGUUCAGUGUUGACAUCUUCCCCGGCUUCCACGUCAUCGAGUGCUCCCACACAAACAACGACGAGGUAUAAGUAA